AUGGAGUUUUUCGAGGGCCUUUCUAAGGAUUUUAACAGUCUUCUUAAAGAGUCAGACGAUUAUGAUGUAAUAAUAUACGCUGACAAAGAUUCUAACGUGCAAAAAUUCCAUGCACAUACCGUCAUAUUGCGAGCAAGGUCACGAUAUUUUCGGAGGGCCUUGUCAAGAGACUGGGCCAAGAAGGAAAAUGGCGUAUUCGUAUUCAAGAAACCUAAUAUUACAGCUCAGGUUUUCGAAGUGGUCCUCAAGUAUAUAUAUGGUGGGACCGCAGACUUGCAGGAACAAAGUGGCAAUGUGAUUUUGAGUCUUUUGACUGCGUCUGACGAACUCAACCUCGGAGAAUUGAUCAAGUAUACACAGGAACACCUGAUUCACCAAAAGUUAAGCUGGUUACAGGAGAAUUUGGUUCAAGUACUUCAUACUGUUUCGUGCUUGGAGGAUUGUAAGACACUUCGGGAGUUUUGUUUAGAGAUGAUAUGUCAAGAUCCAAGGUUUUUGUUUCGUUCGGAAAACUUUUGCACUCUAGACGAAUCUGUCCUGGUUCUUCUUCUUCAACGUGAUGAUCUUCAGAUAGACGAGAUUGAAGUCUGGGAGAACGUAAUUAAAUGGGGUCUCGCGCAGGAUCCACCACUGGAUAGCGAUUUGUCAAGAUGGACGGAUGACGAUUUCAAGACUAUGCAGUCAAGGUUAAGUCGGUGCAUCUCCUUGAUACGAUACUUUCAGAUAUCACCAGCAGACUUUUGUGAUCGAGUGAGGCCUUAUGCCAAAAUCCUUCCAGAGGACUUGCACGAGGACAUUUUGCGUUUCCAUUUGAAAUCUAGUCAGCAAGUGAGGUCUGUCAUACUGCCUGCGAGGAUUCAAGGAAUUGAUUCAAAUAUCAUAAAACCUAGACAUGCGGCUUUGAUCGCAUGUUGGAUUGAUCGCAAAGAAGGCAAUAGUUCGACUUGUGAGAGAAUUCGAUAUGAAUUCAAAUUACUUCUAAGAGGAUCGCGAGAUGGGUUUACAGCCGCGGCGUUCCAUAAUCGAUGCGACAAUCAAGUGCCUACUCUCAUACUCAUGAAAAUACAAAACACUGGUGAAAUAAUUGGCGGUUACAAUCCUACUAGUUGGAGACGUACGUCUAUGAACUCUGAUUCUGGAUACUUUCAAUCGACGCCAUGGGGUCACCAUCAAAGAAAAAGUGCGUUGAGUUUUGCUCGUUACUCUCAAUACGAGCUUGGACCCUUUCAGACGACCAGUGAAAGUUUUAUAUUUAGUUUAGGAGACGGGAAAAAAGUAGAAGACUUUGUCCUAAGCCGUAUUACACGUGAGAAUAUGUGUAGCGCAGUUUAUUCGUCACCUCGACUUGGACCCUGUUUUGGGCGUGGCGAUUUGAAGAUGACUGACCACUUUAAUGCUCCAGGCAAAUGUUCCUGCGAAUGGAGAGAUUAUGAAAGAGAAAUUACUGACUCUGAAGUAUUCGCUGUCGAGGAGUAUGAAGUAUUUCACAUAACAGACAGAGGGUCGUUGUCAUCUUCCGUGUUAUCCGACGAGUCGCAUGAACUGUCCGAGGAUAAAACGCCAAUCAUGACAUCAAGUAAUCAUACGCUCGCCUCAACAUCCUCCGCGCAGCCAUCGGUGCCAUCGAUGCAGAACAGGACUCCUGAUUUCACCACCUAUCAUACUGGCUGGUAA